GCUUUCAGAUCUAGGCGCAAAGUGCUAUUUUAAAAUAAAAGAUGUUUUAUAUUUUAAUUUGGUAAAGUUAACAAAUGACCACAAUAGAAACAUCAAGAAAUCUGUUAUUGAAUGAAAAUGAUAACAAGUUGAAUUAUGAAAUAUCAUGCGAAUCAGACGAUAGUGAAAAUGAAAUUCCUUACCAUGCCAGAGAACAUGCACAACCCUUUACAUAUGGGAACUUGCCUAAAGGAUUUAAGAGAAGUGAUCUAAAUCAUGUGGACAUAGAGGAAUUGCCAGAGUCCUCGAAAGUCUCUAUGGCUUCACAUUUUUUACCACCCAGCCCGCCUGUACAGAAGCGUGAUUUAAAUCAUGUGAGUAUUGAAGAGCUACCCGAAUCUCCAAAAGCAAAUAAGGCACCAACUAUGUUUCCCCCAAGUCCCUCCAUGUUGAGAAGAACCGGGCGUCCAAGCAUUUCUCCGUCAAGACCGGUUUUGAAGAAAACACCAUCACGUGAAGAAUUUGAGGAAAUGCUACGAGAACGCCGAGAACAAUCUCUGAGGGAACAAAACCAUGCUCUUAAAGAAGCUCAAAAUGCUGCCAUACAAAAAGAUUUGGACGAGCUUCAAGAAAAAUUAAACAAGCGAUCAUUACAGUUACAAUCAUAUGAUGUUGCUGACGGUUAUAAGGAAAAUCCAUGUAGAGAGAUUGUCAAACAUGUGGAAACAGUCGAUUUGCCAGAUGAAAAAGAUCAUAACAAUGUCACUAGAAGUACAAUAUCUACUGCUAUAGUUGAGACACAGAGUAAAUAUGAACCUGCACUUAUUCUUGCAGAACCUAGUCGACCGGAAACUCCAGCUUUUCCAGUUUCAAGCAAGUAUUCAAUUGAAGAUCGUUGUGUUAGUCCCUAUCCCAUGAUAACACCCGGCUCCCCUUCACUUCAGCGUGUGCAAACCGUUACAAUUAAUACCAAGGAGCGUCAUUCACCUCUUAAAUUUCCAGCAUUAAUUUCAGCUAAUAAAAAGGCAAAAGCAACUGAAAAACAAAUUGCAGAAACGCCACAAGACGUGGCACCUCAUUUAGUAAAAUUUGCCAGAGAUUCUUCGGAAUAUUGGUAUAAACCACACAUGACGAGAGAAGAAGCCGUAGCUUUACUACGACAAGCUCCACCUGGAACAUUUAUCAUACGGAACUCAACAACAUAUAAAAAUGCCUUUGGUUUGGUUUUAAGAGUUUCUAAAGCACCUCAAGGUGCAGUAAUACCUGAAAAUAGUACAAACAGUGAUGUACUAGUACGCCAUUUCCUUUUGGAACCAACGACUCGAGGUGUACGGCUAAAAGGCUGUUCUAAUGAACCCACGUUUACUUCACUAUCAGCCUUAGUUUACCAACACUCUAUCAACCAGUUAGCUCUGCCUUGCAAACUUAUUAUUCCCACUAGGGACUUAAUGCUCUCGCCUGAAGAUGCCGAACUAAUGCACAGUCAAAAACAACUUCUGGAACAAGGAGCUGCUUGCAAUGUUUUGUAUUUAUUUAGUAUGAAUAUGGAGUCAUUGACUGGAGAUGAAGCCAUACGUAAAACAGUGAAUGAAAUGUAUGCACAAUCAGCUCUACCAUCUCCCAUAGAGGUACAUUUUAAAGUGUCACAAAACGGUAUUACUUUAACCGAUAAUAAGAGACUUAUGUUCUUCCGCCGACACUAUACGCCUAACAAUAUUUCCCAUAUAGCAAUGGAUCCCGAUAACCGUUUUUAUACUGUUUUGGCUUUCGAUGACGGCUUAGAACGCACCAUUAAUAAAUCCAUAUUUGCAUUUGUAGCACGCCCCUCUACAGGAAGCAGAGAUAAUCAGUGCCACAUAUUUUGUGAUCUGGCCGCAACACAACCAGCAUCUGCAAUUGUUUCAUUUGCGCACAAGGUGCUACGUUUCAAUAAGAAUAACCACCAAAUGUUAUAGAUUAAGUGGUAUUUUAGUAAAUAAAAGUAUUUUUUAUUUUCAA